AUGGCUGAAGCUGAAGAGGAGGACGAUCUUGAGGUUCCCCUCGAGUUCAUCUGUCCCUUAUCCGAUGACAUAAUGCGCGAUCCGGUGAUCAUCGCGUCGGGACUUAGCUACGAGCGCGAUCUGAUCAAGGUAUGGUUCGCAGCAGGCCGGCGCGUCUGCCCGAAAAGCGGCAUGAAACUCGACCACACCGAGUUCUUCCCCAACGUGGCUCUUAAAGCCCUCAUCGCCGAAUGGUGCGAGAAGCACGACCUCGAUCUCGCGCCUCUCCCGGAAGGCCUCGAGGAGGAACUUGCCGCGCAAGUUCGCGCGCAAGACGAGGAACCGUCUCCGACGUCCUCUAGCCGCGGCAGCCCGGGAAGGAGAGGCGGGGGGGGCGCAGGAGGUUACAGGGAUGGCCCGAGACGGGGCCGAUCUGGAGAUGACUAUGAUGACGCGGACGAAUCUCAGCCGUAUGUGCAGCGGUCUGCUAGCGCGGGGAGCGGGAGGCGGAGGGGACCGGGGGAUCGAGAUCGGGACGACGAUAGCGGGUCUGAUAGGGGGAGUGGGCGGACUGGAUCUCGUACGCGAGAGGCUUAUAGCGAGGACGAGGACCGGCGGGGCAGGGGGAGUGGCGGGGGAAGGGGGGGCGGCGGAGGUAGUCGGCUGCAGCCGCGGAGUGAGGAGGAGCGGAGAGCGCGCACAGGGCGUGUGGCGGCGCAGCUGUUGUCGCGGCAACGGGGGAGAGGGGGAGGGGGAAGCGCGGGAGGAGGCACCGCGCGGGAACGAGGGAAGGAUGGUUAUAGAGACCGGGAGCGGGAUAGCGAUUCGGAUAGGGACGGGGAAGGACACCGCGAUCGAAACAGGGAUGGGUACAGGGACAGAGAUCGAGACAGGGACCGGGACAGAGAUAGAGCGAGGGAACCGGAUAGAGGCAGGGAUCGAGAGAGGGAUAAGGAUAGGGACAGGGACAGGUACGGAGAGAGGGACAGGGAGAGAGGAGGGGAGCGAGAGAGGGGCAGGGGAAGGGAUGAUGACAGCACGUAUUCACCUAGGCGGCCUCCUUCGGACCGAGGGGGGAGAGGAGGCGGGAGAGGCGUGGGAAGGGCUGGGCCACGAGUAGCAGGGAGAGGCGAUAGGGAUGUGGGGAGAACGGGGAGAAAAGAGGCAGAGGAGAAACCAGGGGAGAUAGCGGAAGCUUCGGGGAAAGAAGCGGCUGCUGUGGAGGGCACAGGUGAAGCAGCAGCAGCAGCAGCAGCAGGGGAGGGUGCAGCAGGGGAAGGGACAGCAGCAGCAGCAACAGCAGCAGCGGAAGGGGGCGCAGGAGACGCAGAGGGGGGAGCAGGGAAAGCGAAAGGUGAAGGCGCGGACGCAGCGGGCGCAGCGGAGGGGGGCGGAGCGGAAGGGGAAGCAGCGGGUCCGGAAGCAUGGGCGGACAGGAGAACGAUGAGCCUAGACGAGCGGACGAGAGAAGGGCAGGAACCGCCAGGGUCCCCUGCCGGUAGCUCGUCAUUCGAGCGCCAGCUCACCUCCCCUGCCAACCCCUCGGCUGCAGGAGCUAAGGAGGGCAGCGGGUCAAGGCACAGAGGUUCAGGCGCUGCUUCGUCUCCUCUUAGAAAGCCCAUUAGUGGGGCUGGUGCGAGAAACCUGCCGCCCCAGCCUCGGCCAACCAGGGAUAAAACGCGGCUAGGGGGUGCCGGUGGGGCCACGGGCAGUGGGAAGGACAGGACUGGUAGCAGCAGCAUCACGGCUAGUUCGCCUAGGUCUCGCCCGCCACUGUCCUCCCCUUCGUCCACGUCAUCGUUGUCUCCUAGACCGUCCCUCUCGUCCUCGUCUCGAUCGAUGCGGACGAUAGACGACAUGCUAGAUGCGAUCGAUCGCGGCUCGUCGGCUGACCGGGAAGAAGGGAUCAUGCGGCUCCGGUCUGCCCUGAAAGAAAGCUCCGAGGCGCGGCGGCGCGUGGUGAACCGGUCCGAUGGGGUUCCAAUUCUGGUAGAUCUUGUGGAGGAUGCAUCCGCGUUAGUAGCAUCUGGGAGUGACGGAGCGAGCAGAGAGAGCCGAAUGGAUGCUCCAGCAGUGCUAGACUGUGCUGUAUCGGUGAUAUUACAGCUGACACAGUCUUACGACGGGGCGCUAGAGGUGGUUGAUGUUGGGGGCGUGGGGGUUCUCGUGGAUUUAGUGGAUGGGAAGUGCAGGAAAAAGGGUGGAGGGAGGGACGGUGGCAGCCCGAAAGGCGAUGGCGACGGUGCCGCGAGCAAGUUUUCGGAGUCGGUGCGUUCGAACGCAGCGGCGGCGCUGUUUGCGAUUGCUACGUGUGACGAUGAUGAUAAGGAGGAUGAGGACGGGAGGCGGAGGAGGAGCAGCAGAUACCGGAACAAGAUUCUCCGAUGUGGCGGCAUCCCUCCGUUGCUCAAGCUGCUUAAGUUAGAAGCGGCGCGGUGCCGGAAAGACGCGGCUCUCGCGCUCUUUGCCCUCUCAGACGACCCGGACUGUGCCGAUGAGAUAAUCCGGGAGGGCGGGGUGAGCGUGCUGGUGGAUUCUCUGUCAGACAAGCGGCCGGGGGUGGAAGAAAAGGCCAUGGCUGUGUUGGCGAAUCUGGUGAAGUCCAAGGAGGGACAGGCAGCUUUGCUAGAGGUGGAGGGGACACUGGUGAUGUUGGAUGUGCUGGAGAGUGAGUCGGAACGUGCGCAGGAAGAGGCGCUGUUUGCGCUGUACCAUCUGGUUACCACCGGAGUGGUUACGCCUGCGUUUUUGCUGAAUGACGGGGCGUUGUUUCCGGUGGCGAAGAUGGCUGCUAAGAAAGGGUCACCGCCCGAAGCUCUGGAGCUGCAUAAGAUUCUCACAGCGGCAAGGAAGAGUGUGAUUGUGGGGAAGGUCACGGCAGGACAGAAUGUGUUAGUGAGGGUGCGUCACCUGAUGGACGAGCGCAAGGAGCGCUGUGUGGUGAAGAGCGGUCCGCAGUCACUCGCUCUCGCAGGCAAACAGUUCACCUUCGACCAUGUGGCCGGGGAAACUGCCUCGCAGGUGGGCACAGGGAUGGGAGCUCUUGAAGAGAAUGGAAGCGUUGAGAGGGGGAAGCAGAGAGCGCACUGCAGGCAUGUGAAGGAUGUUCCCCCUCCCCCUCCCCCUCCCCCUCCACCUCCCCCUCGCUUGCCAAAUCAACCAGUUCAGUUGGCUGAUUUUGAGGCGCCUCACAGGCCCGCUCCCCCUACUUUUUCCCCCCACCCUCCCCCUUCCCCUCUCCUCUUUUUCCUCUCCAACCUGCCCCCACAGGAGGAGCUGUUUGAGCUGGCAGGGCGGCCCAUGGUGGACAACUGCAUUGCCGGUUACAACAGCACAAUAUUCGCCUAUGGCCAGUGCGCCCUCUCCUCCCCUCUGUGCCCAAGUGCGCCCUCUCCUCCCCUCUGUGCCCAAGUGCGCCCUCUCCUCCCCUCUGUGCCCAAGUGCGCCCUCUCCUCCCCUCUGUGCCCAACAUCAGCUGUCAUCCCGUUCUUCUUUCUCCUAUCGCUCCUGUGCAUCCUCUUGUCCCUGCCCCCGUUCUUGAGCAUUGACAACCUUGACGCAGUCUUAACCAUACCUACUUUUUCCUCCUCAACAAUACACUCUCCUUCUCCUCCCUUCGUUUGCCCACUCCCUCUACCUUGUGACGCAUCGCAGACGGGUAGCGGGAAGACGUACACGAUGUUUGGAGCUGACGUGGACACGGCUGACGUGGAACGGAUGCGAGUGGAGGCUGACGUGGAGGUUGGGACGAGAUGGGGGAUGAUCCCGCGCAUGUGUCACCUGCUCUUUACCCAGCUAAAACAGGAGAAGCAGCGGAGGGGUGAGAGCUUUGCCUUCACAUGCACGUGCUCAUAUCUUGAGAUAUACAACGACAAGUUGUCUGACCUGCUCAACCCCAACCCCGACCCCAAUCUUGGCAAACUGGAGCAGAAUAUCGUGCUUGGCGAGCCUCCCUCCCUCCCCAACCCCGUCAAUUCUUUUCACCCCAUGGGGCACUCAAUCACCCCAUGGGGCACUCAAUCACCUCAUGGGGCACUCAAUCACCCCAUGGGGCACUCCAUCACCCCAUGGGGCACUCAAUUACCCCAUGGGGCACUCAAUCACCCCAUGGGGCACUCAAUCACCCCAUCGGGCACUCAAUCACCCUAUGGGGCACUCAAUCACCCCAUGGGCAAUCACCCCAUGGGGCACUCAAUCACCCCAUGGGGCACUCAAUCACCCCAUGGGGCACUCAAUCACCCCAUGGGGCACUCAAUCAAUCACCCCAUGGGGCACUCAAUCACCCCAUGGGGGCACUCAAUCACCCCAUGGGGCACUCAGUCACCCCAUGGGGCACUCAAUCACCCCAUGGGGCACUCAAUCACCCCAUGGGGCACUCAAUCACCCCAUGGGGCACUCAAUCACCCCAUGGGGCACUCAAUCACCCCAUGGGGCACUCAAUCACCCCAUGGGGCACUCAAUCACCCCAUGGGGCACUCAAUCACCCCAUGGGGCACUCAAUCACCCCAUGGGGCACUCAAUCACCCCAUGGGGCACUCAAUCACCCCAUGGGGCACUCAAUCACCCCAUGGGGCACUCAAUCACCCCAUGGGGCACUCAAUCACCCCAUGGGGCACUCAGUCACCCCAUGGGGCACUCAAUCACCCCAUGGGGCACUCAAUCACCCCAUGGGGCACUCAAUCACCCCAUGGGGCACUCAAUCACCCCAUGGGGCACUCAAUCACCCCAUGGGGCACUCAAUCACCUCAUGGGGCACUCAAUCACCCCAUGGGGCACUCAGUCACCCCAUGGGGCACUCAAUCACCCCAUGGGGCACUCAAUCACCCCAUGGGGCACUCAAUCACCCCAUGGGGCACUCAAUCACCCCAUGGGGCACUCAAUCACCCCAUGGGGCACUCAAUCACCUCAUGGGGCACUCAAUCACCCCAUGGGGCACUCAGUCACCCCAUGGGGCACUCAAUCACCCCAUGGGGCACUCAAUCACCCCAUGGGGCACUCAAUCACCCCAUGGGGCACUCAAUCACCUCAUGGGGCACUCAAUCACCCCAUGGGGCACUCAGUCACCCCAUGGGGCACUCAAUCACCCCAUGGGGCACUCAAUCACCCCAUGGGGCACUCAAUCACCCCAUGGGGCACUCAAUCACCCCAUGGGGCACUCAAUCACCCCAUGGGGCACUCAAUCACCUCAUGGGGCACUCAAUCACCCCAUGGGGCACUCAGUCACCCCAUAGGGCACUCAAUCACCCCAUGGGGCACUCAAUCACCCCAUGGGGCACUCAAUCACCCCAUGGGGCACUCAAUCACCCCAUGGGGCACUCAAUCACCCCAUGGGGCACUCAAUCACCCCAUGGGGCACUCAAUCACCCCAUGGGGCACUCAAUCACCCCAUGGGGCACUCAAUCACCCCAUGGGGCACUCAGUCACCCCAUGGGGCACUCAAUCACCCCAUGGGGCACUCAAUCACCCCAUGGGGCACUCAAUCACCCCAUGGGGCACUCAAUCACCCCAUGGGGCACUCAAUCACCCCAUGGGGCACUCAAUCACCUCAUGGGGCACUCAAUCACCCCAUGGGGCACUCAGCAAAAGGAAUCAGGGGCGGAGCGUGAUCGGCUCAAGGAAGCGUGCACCAUCAACUCGUCCCUCUCCUGCCUCGGCAAGGUGAUCAUGCAGCUAGUGGAAUCGCUGAAUGAGAACAAGCCUCGCUACAUUCCGUACCGUGAUUCCCGCCUCACCCGCUUCCUCCAGGUGAACGCUUCUCUUUUUUCUAGGACAUGCGACGCGACCCGCAGCACGCUCGACUUCGCAAAGGGGGUGAAGGAGGUGCGCAACACGGCAGUUGUGAAUGAGGCUGUAGAGAGCCAGCAGGACGACCAGCAAGCAGAGAUCUCCAGGCUCAAGGACGCUGAAGCGGGUAACAGCACCCUCAAUGCCAGCCUGAAUCCUCUUGAACAGGAGGUGAUGGAGCUACAAGGGAGGCUGGUUACGGAGGAGAGGAGGCGGCGUGAGGCAGAGCGGGCGGCGGAAGAUGCGAAAAAAGAGAUGCAGGGGAAAGAAGGGAAGAUUCAAGAGCAAGAAGGGAAGAUUAAGGAGCAGGAAGAGCAGCUUCAGGAGCUUAGAGGGAUGCUCGUCACAGCGGAGGGGAGGAGGCGUGAGGCAGGGCGGGCGGCGGAAGAGACAAAACAAGAGAUGCAGGGGAAGGAAGGGAAGAUUCAAGAGCAGGAAGAGCAGCUUCAAGAGCUUAGAGGGAUGCUGGUUAUAGAGGAGGGGAGGAGGCGUGAGGCAGAGGGGGUGACGGAAGAGGCAAAACAAGAGAUGCAGGGGAAGGAAGGGAAGAUUCAAGAGCAGGAAGAGCAGCUUCAGGAGCUUAGAGGGAUGCUGGUCACAGCGGAGGGGAGGAGGCGCGAGGCAGAGCGGGCGACGGAAGAGGCAAAACAAGAGAUGCAGGGGAAGGAAGGGAAGAUUCAAGAGCAGGAAGAGCAGCUUCAGGAGCUUAGAGGGAUGCUGGUCACAGCGGAGGGGAGGAGGCGCGAGGCAGAGCGGGCGACGGAAGAGGCAAAACAAGAGAUGCAGGGGAAGGAAGGGAAGAUUCAAGAGCAGGAAGAGCAGCUUCAGAAGCUUGGAGGGAGGAUGAUCACAGAAGAGGAGAGGAGGCGCGAGGCAGAGCGGGCGGCGGAAGAGGCAAAACAAGAGAUGCAGGGGAAGGAAGGGAAGAUUCAAGAGCAGGGAGUGAAGCUUCAGGAGCAGGAAGUGAAGCUUCAGGAGCAAGAAGUGAAGCUUCAGGAGCAGGAAGUGAAGAUUCAGGAGCAAGAAGUGAAGCUUCAAGAGCAAGAAGUGAAGCUUCAGGAGCAAGAAGUGAAGCUUCGAGGGCAAAACAAGAAGGUGGUAAAUGAGGGCCAGCAGAGCGGCCAGCAGGCAGAGAUCACCAGGAUCGAGGACCAGCUUUGCUUCUUUU